GCGGGCGAUGAUGGGGCGGCCAUGGCCCGGGCCGGCGGCUGCGACGCGGGCGCGGCAGCCGCGGAGCGGGCGGCGGGCGGCGGGCUGCCGGAGCCGUGGGAGCUGUCCCUGGAGGAGGUGCUGAAGGCGUACGAGCAACCCAUCAACGAAGAGCAGGCGUGGGCCGUGUGCUUCCAGUGCUGCCGCGGGCUGCGGGGCGCGCCGGGCGGCCGGCGGCGCAUCCGGGACACGGCGGACAUCCUCCUGCGCAGGGACGGCUCGGUCGGCGCGCGGCUGGAGCCCGGCGCGGAGGAGCCCGCAACCAUGGUGGUGUCACCAGCCAGCUCAGAAGCCCAGAUGGUGCAGUCGCUGGGCUUCGCCGUGUACCGCGCACUGGACUGGGGGCUGGACGAGAGCGAGGAGCGGGAGCUGAGCCCGCAGCUGGAGCAGCUCAUCGACCUGAUGGCCAACAGCGACUGUGAGGACGAGGACAGCGGCUGCGGGGCGGCGGACGAGGGCUACGUGGGCCCCGAGGAGGAGGAGGAGGCGGAGGGCAGCCCUCGCGCGGUGCGCACCUUCGCGCAGGCGAUGCGGCUGUGCGCGGCGCGCCUGACCGACCCGCGCGGCGCCCAGGCCCACUACCAGGCGGUCUGCCGCGCGCUCUUCGUGGAGACGCUGGAGCUGCGCGCCUUCCUCGCCCGGGUCCGGGAGGCCAAGGAGAUGCUGCAGAAGCUCCGGGAGGACGAGCCACAGGCGGAGCAGCCCCUGGCAGAGCUUGACAACCUGGGGCACACGGACUGGGCCCGGCUCUGGGUGCAGCUCAUGCGGGAGCUCCGCCACGGCGUGAAGCUCAAGAAGGUGCAGGAGCAGGAGUUCAACCCGCUGCCCACCGAGUUCCAGCUGACCCCCUUUGAGAUGCUGAUGCAGGACAUCCGCGCCAGGAACUACAAGCUGCGCAAGGUCAUGGUCGAUGGGGACAUCCCUCCCAGGGUGAAGAAGGACGCCCACGAACUCAUCCUGGACUUCAUCCGCUCCCGGCCUCCCCUGAAGCAGGUCUCGGAGAGAAGGCUCCGCCCCCUGCCCCAGAAGCAGAGGACCCUGCACGAGAAGAUCCUGGAGGAGAUCAAACAGGAACGGAGGCUGCGCCCGGUGGGGGCCGAGCGCUGGGGUGGCCGCGGGUUCGGCUCGCUGCCCUGCAUCCUCAACGCCUGCUCUGGGGAUGUCAAGUCCACUUCCUGCAUCGACCUGUCCCUCACAGAGGCCGGGAGCUGUGCCCAGCGCCCGCGGCCCCGGGUCCUGCUGAAGGCGCCCACGUUGGCCGAGAUGGAGGAGAUGAACACGUCGGAGGAGGAGGAGUCUCCGUGUGGGGAGGUGACGCUGAAGCGGGACCGCUCUUUCUCAGAGCACGACCUCGUCCAGCUCCGGGCAGAGGGGGCCUCUGGCCUGCAGCCGGCCUCUCAGCCCCCGGCGGGCGUGGAGCCGCCCCGGGCCCGCGCGGGAAGCCUGCACACGUGCCGACCUGGCGCCCAGGAGCAGGGCAAGUGUCCCUCCCCUGUGAGCGUCCAGUCCCAGGCUGAUCCCAGCGCCUCCCGCCACAGCGACUCGAGCUCAGCAGGAGGCAGGCCAGAGGCCUCCGCCGCUGCAGACGCCAAUCACCUGUGGCUGGAGUUCAGCCACCCGGCGGAGAGCCUGGCCCUGACUGUGGAGGAGGUGAUGGGCGUGCGCCGCGUGCUGGUCAAGGCUGAGAUGGAGAAGUUCCUGCAGAACAGGGAGCUCUUCAGCAGCCUGAAGAAGGGGAAGAUUUGCUGCUGUUGCCGAACCAAGUUCCCGCUGUUUUCCUGGCCACCCACCUGUCUCUUUUGCAAAAGAGCCGUCUGCACGUCCUGCAGCGUGAAGAUGAAGAUGCCUUCUAAGAAGUUUGCACACAUCCCCGUCUACACGCUGGGCUUUGAGAGUCCCCAGAGGGCGGCAGCUGCCAGGGCCCCUGCGACGCAGAGGAGAGACGCCUUCCAGUCGCUGCAGGGGCCGAGGUGGAAGAGCGUGGAGGAGGAGUUCCCGCACAUGUACACGCAGGGCUGCGUCUUGAAGGACGUGUGCAGCGACUGCACCAGCUUCGUGGCGGACGUGGUGCGUUCGAGCCGCAAGAGCGUGGACGCCCUCAACGCCACGCCUCGCCGUGCCCGCCAGACCCAGUCCCUCUAUGCGCCGAGCACCUGGACUCUCGACUUUAAGUGACAGCCCUGCCACCCGCGCCACCCGGUGGGAGCCUGUUCCCGGGGCCUCGGGGCCGGCCUCUGGGGAGGGGCGGGUCGGUUCCGGACCGGGCCGGAAGCCCUCACCCCGGGGCGCCGCUGCCGGCGGCCUCCCGCGCGUGCAUGUACAUAUAUACAUAUAUAGAUACAUUUAUAUAACACACACACAGCCUAUAUAUUUAUAUACAACCCCGGCCCCACCCCCAUCAGGCUCAGUUCCCGCCCCUCCCCGGAGGCGGUUUCCUGGGAUGGGCUGGGCCACG